AUGCCAUCCAACACAGUACGCGCGUCAUGUAUACGCCAACCUGACUCAGAUGACUUGAUUGAUUCAUUCCUGCAGGCUCUGGGGAAUAGAGCUAGGACGAAGGCCAGGCGAACGAUGUUUACCAAAGACGAGAUAGAAUCAUAUGCCAAGGAAGCAAUUAAGUGCAAAAGAGGGGAAAAACGGGUGCGAGACAAGUCAGUCAACGGCACAGUGUCUACCGCCGAAACUCCUGAGGAAACCACUCAGCGAAGGUCUAGUAGCCGCAGACCUCCACCGCGCACACAGGAAUGGAAUAACACGUUAAAAUCACACGCACACACACACACCCGCCCAUACGAGCAUGACCAACCGCACGCCAGUACAUCUACCCCCAAUCUACACCUGCUGGAUCCCGCUUUGCAUGGGAAGGGAAAAGCGGUACUUCCGGGUAAUAAACAGGGUGGUAGACAACGGGUGGGUGCAGCUAACAAAUCGUUAAUCCUGGAUCACAGCGCCAUUCGUGUAGAGAGUGAGGGUGCGGCGCUCCACGGCGAAGCUGCUAUGCAUGAGGCCCUGGAGAAUAACGAAACGGCCAAUGAGAAUGGCUUUAUAAAUAGCGCAGCCAAUGAUAAGAGAUAUACAAAUAGCUCCGCGGAUGGCGAUGGGCAAUACCGGAGUGGCGAGCCACUCUCACACGAUAACGAUAUG